GCUGCACCCCUCAUGCCUUCCUGUUAGUCCGAGCUGGGAGAAGUUCACUCUGAUCAGCUGAUCCCAACUGACAACAGGAAAGGAGGAAGCCGGCGGGGCUACGGAGGAGGGGGGACGGAGAUGGAGAUGAGGAUGGAUCCACCGGUGCCCUGAGGAACAGCCCCUCUCCUCCAGCGGUUCCCCGACUGUUCCACGACGCGGCUUCGCGGCGGCCCAGCUGCCACUUGGUUUUCCCUGAAAUAUUCAGUUGAGACUGGAUUAUAUUGAAAAGUUCCUGACCACUCUUACCAAACCUCACUGAGUCCCAACCAAUGAGCCCCACCUCAAUAAAUCUAUCAGACCUCAGAUAGCCAUAAAACACCCGUUCAAGUAAAUUUUGACCACAUUAUUUGCCUGCACUUUACGGAGGGUGAAACUAUUAAACCAGAUCAACAUUGCUGCUAAUCGAGGUGUCUUGGAGGUAGAACACUAGAAACACAAACAUCAGUGAGUGUGUGAACUCUAACAGGACACUGAGGUUUUUGUUUCUAAAUAAGGUCUUCAGCACCUCCUGGAAGUUCUGUGUAGUCUUCAGACUAAAAGCCUUUGUCUUCAGUCUUGGGCAAAGUUCAGUGACCGUUAUUUGGUAGGUGAUCUCCUUACUCAUCUGACUAUGAGUGCCCAGACUUCCCCAGCAGAGAAGAGCCUGAACCCAGGGCUGAUGUGCCAGGAAAGUUACGCUUGCAGUGGGACUGAUGAAGCCGUCUUUGAGUGUGACGAGUGUUGCAGUCUGCAGUGUCUCCGCUGCGAGGAGGAGCUCCAUAGGCAGGAGCGGCUGAGAAACCAUGAGCGGAUAAGACUCAAACCUGGCCACAUUCCGUAUUGUGACUCCUGCAAAGGCCCCAAUGGGCACUCACCAGGGGUUAGGCAGAGGGCAGCAGUGAGGUGCCAGACCUGUAAAAUCAACUUGUGCCCGGAGUGCCAGAAGCGGACUCAUUCUGGGGGUAACAAGAGGAGACACCCUGUUACUGUGUAUCAUGUCAUGAAGGCCCAGGAGUUACUGGAAGACGAGGAGAUGGAUGAGGAGACCAAGAGAAAGAAGAUGACUGAGAAGGUUGUGAGUUUCCUCCUAGUAGAUGAAAAUGAAGAAAUUCAGGUGACAAAUGAAGAGGAAUUUAUUAGGAAAUUGGACUGCAAACCUGAUCAGCAUCUGAAAGUGGUUUCCAUUUUUGGGAAUACUGGUGAUGGAAAGUCUCAUACCCUCAACCACACUUUCUUUUAUGGUCGUGAGGUCUUCAAAACCUCCCCUGCCCAGGAGUCCUGUACUGUGGGAGUGUGGGCAGCAUACGACCCUGUCCACAAAGUUGCUGUGAUAGACACCGAAGGGCUCUUGGGGGCUACAGUGAAUUUAAGCCAGAGAACACGGCUGCUGCUGAAGGUUCUGGCCAUCUCAGACCUCGUCAUCUAUCGAACUCAUGCAGACCGGCUGCAUAAUGACCUCUUCAAGUUCCUUGGGGAUGCCUCAGAAGCUUAUCUAAAGCACUUCACCAAGGAGCUCAAGGCUACUACUGCUCGCUGUGGCCUGGAUGUUCCCUUGUCCACCCUGGGCCCCGCUGUUAUCAUUUUCCAUGAGACUGUGCAUACUCAACUACUGGGCUCUGAUCACCCCUCAGAGGUGCCAGAGAAGCUCAUUCAGGAUCGGUUCCGGAAGCUGGGCCGCUUCCCUGAAGCCUUCAGUUCCAUUCACUACAAGGGAACAAGAACUUACAAUCCUCCCACAGACUUCUCUGGGCUUCGGCGAGCUUUGGAGCAGCAGCUCGAGAACAACACUACCCGAUCUCCCCGCCACCCUGGGGUCAUCUUCAAGGCCCUGAAGGCCCUGAGCGACCGCUUCAGCGGUGAGAUUCCUGAUGACCAGAUGGCGCACAGCUCCUUUUUUCCAGAUGAGUACUUCACCUGCUCCUCCUUGUGCCUCAGCUGUGGGGCUGGCUGUAAGAACAGCAUGAAUCAUGGGAAAGAAGGCGUACCUCAUGAAGCCAGUAGCCGUUGCAGAUACUCCCAUCAGUAUGACAACCGAGUUUUUACCUGCAAGGCCUGCUACGAGAGAGGCAAGGAAGUCAGCGUAGUGCCCAAGACAUCUGCUUCCACCGACUCCCCUUGGAUGGGUCUCGCAAAAUAUGCCUGGUCUGGGUAUGUGAUUGAAUGUCCAAACUGCGGAGUGGUCUAUCGUAGCCGGCAGUACUGGUUUGGGAACCAAGAUCCUGUGGAUACUGUCGUGCGGACAGAGAUUGUCCAUGUGUGGCCUGGCACUGAUGGAUUUCUGAAGGACAACAACAAUGCUGCCCAGCGCCUCUUGGAUGGGAUGAAUUUCAUGGCUCAGUCAGUGUCUGAGCUCAGCCUUGGGCCCACCAAGGCCGUGACUUCAUGGCUGACCGACCAGAUUGCCCCUGCCUACUGGAGACCCAACUCCCAGAUCCUGAGCUGCAACAAGUGUGCUACAUCCUUUAAAGAUAACGACACCAAGCAUCACUGCCGGGCCUGUGGGGAGGGCUUCUGUGACAGCUGUUCAUCCAAGACCCGGCCAGUGCCCGAGCGGGGUUGGGGCCCUGCACCCGUGCGGGUGUGUGACAACUGCUAUGAAGCCAGGAAUGUCCAGUUAGAUGUGACGGAGGCACAGGCAGAUGAUGAAGGCGGGACGCUGAUAGCUCGGAAGGUGGGCGAGGCUGUGCAGAACACUUUGGGAGCCGUGGUGACAGCCAUUGACAUACCACUAGGUCUGGUAAAGGAUGCGGCCAGGCCAGCGUACUGGGUGCCCGACCAUGAGAUCCUGCACUGCCACAGCUGCCGGAAGGAGUUCAGCAUCAAGCUUUCUAAGCACCAUUGCCGGGCCUGCGGACAGGGCUUCUGUGACGAGUGCUCCCAUGACCGCCGGGCUGUCCCUUCUCGAGGCUGGGACCAUCCUGUCCGAGUCUGCUUUAACUGCAAUAAAAAGCCCGGUGACCUUUAACCCCAGCUCCCGCUCCAAGUCCUUCACAAUUCCUUAGGUUCUCAGGGUUAGAAACAGAAGUCGCAUUGAGGUAGGCCCUCCUCCCGGUCACCUAAACGUGGUGUGUGUCCUCUUUACUGAUCCCGGGGCCACUUUCCCUUGGUGGGGGGUGGGGCAGAUAGCAAGCCAGGAUGAGCCUGGCAACAGGCCGGAAGGCGUGAGUGACCCCUGGGGCAGGCAGCAGCUAUUGUGAAGGGGAAACGAACCUGAAUCCAUCGCAUUUAUGUCAGUUAAGAAUAACAAAUAAUAAAUACACAUAUAUGCACCCACAUUCAUCUGUGGAAGGAUCUUGGAGUGUAUUCAGGCUGCUGCUAUCGGCAAAGACUAACCAGUCUGUCUCCAGACAGGGAUAAGUGGUGGGGGCAGCAGGUCUUCCCACAACACCGAGCCGGGGCAAAGCCACUGCGCUGAUAGUCACCCAUUCGGCUUCUCUCCUUCGCUUGCCUUUUCCUUUCUGGCCUCUCGGCGGCCUGGGGAAACAAGCUUCCCAGCAACUUCGUGCUUGGACUAGUGUGAGGGGGUUUGCCUGGGCCCUCUGGAGUUGAAUCCCAAUUCUUGGCCUAAGCUUUUUUCAGUCAGAGGCCACCCAUUAGUGUGCAGGUCACCAGGGUGGGUGGAGGGUGAAGGGUAGGGUCCUCGGCCCUGAGAAGUCAAAAUGCAGGUGAGGUGAUGUUCCCUGUACCUGGGGGGUGCGCAGGACACAGGCCUCCCCGCAGUGUCUCCCGCUGUCUGCAUCCACUCGGCUUCUGUAAAGGCUGCGCCCUGCUCCUAAAUCAGAACACCCGCUUCUCUCCCCUCGAGCCCCUCUGAGCCCACCGUCUGCUUCUGAGUGUUGCACUAGGACUUUUAUCGCUUAUUUUGAAGUGUCUUAAUUCUUUGUUCCAGACACACGACCCCUCUAGCUAUUAGAGGGGUAAUCAUGAGAAAUCUUCCAGGGAAACAGAGCACAGAAUGGACUGUUAGUUGUUUUUUUAAGUAUAUAUAAAUAUUUCAACAGAUUAUUAGGAAAAAAUUCUCCUGUCCUUGCAAGAGAAGUCAAGUGAACUUUGUUUCUCAAGAGCUUGGACAUCCACAUCUAUAGUGACUGGAAAGAAACUGUUGUGCUGGAAUCAUGUCACCAUGGUGGAGUUUAUCUUCAAAGGCCAAAAAAGAAGACUUGAAAGUGACAGAUCUUAACUGAGCUGGGGAGGGGUGGGCCGAGCUUCAGGGAGAUGCCAGGUGUCUUUCCUGGCGGGAAUGUCUGAGGAGAGCCUUGGAAUGUGUCGGUCCUUCUCAGACCUGUGCCCUUCUGCACCCUUCUUGUCACUUGUCCGGUGACAAGGCCCUACUCUAGAACUGUGUAUUAUCAAACCUUAUAAAGGAAUCUUCCUGCUGAA